UCGGCAGAGAAGUUCUCACCCCAAUUCCCAUUUUUUGUUGAGCGAGGGCGGGUUCCCAACCCACCCGUUGCUAUUCCUCCCCUAGACUCUUAACCGUCGCAUUCCCUUCCCAAAUGCAGAACCUAAUUCCUGCAGCCCAUCAACUGAACUCAUUUGUAACCCUGAGAAGGAGAGGGAGAGAGCUACGGGGACAGAGCAUGUGUGUGAGAUUCGUAUAACGCGGCCUUUUUCUUGCUAUCCAGGUUUCUCAAUUUCCAUUCCAUUUCCUCUCCCUUGGUUUCAUCGUCUUCUAUUGUUGGAUUCUUCAACCACGCUCCCCUUUCUUCCAUUUCUCAAUUCUUUUUACGUACUUUUUUUUUUUACUCAAAAAUGGAUUUUUCGGAUAUCCCCCAAAACCUAAUAUUUGCCUGUCAAACACUCCCAAUCUUCCUAAGGGGAUGAGAAAAACAGGUUGAGGAUUUGCUAAAGCCUAAGAUAAAGUUCAAUCACAAAGUUUUUGAUUAAUGGGUAAGCAAGCAAUACAGGAUUUUUAUAACAAAAAUGAUGGAUUUUUCUCAAUCUCUGAUAUGGGGUCUCAGUGGAGAUUUCAAGAUGGGCAAUAUCUUCCUGGUGGAGGCAUGUUUGCAAGCGUUAAUCAAAUGGGAAUGGGCUUCCCAAAUUCCAGUGACAAUAGCAGCAUAAAAUCCCUGUAUGCUGAUUUGUGUGUCAAGUAUUUGUCUUUUGUAAGCGUCCAGGAGGAGGAAGGGACCUUUAAGAAGAAAAAGGGCGGACUCAAGUUGAAGCUUAAGGUUAAAAAUCCUAUGUUAAUUAGUGAAAGGAUAGCUGGGGCUGUCUCAAGGAUUGCCGUUGCUCCGCUGGAGACCAUAAGGACUCAUUUGAUGGUGGGAAGCAGUAGGCACACUACCACUGAGGUGUUCCAUAAUAUAAUGAAGACCGAUGGAUGGAAGGGGUUGUUUAGAGGCAAUUUCGUCAAUGUGAUUCGAGUUGCCCCAAGCAAAACCAUAGAGGUAUUGAUCGUGUCAUUAUUCACUGCUAGUCAUCUAUUUAGUUCUUUGAGUUUUCCUACUGGUCUCAAUUUCUUAGAUUGGCAUCAACACAUUUCAGUGCCCCAUCGGCUCUAUUUUUGGUAUUCCAUGCCACUCGGAAAGAAGUUGCUGUUAGUUCCUCCAGAGUGCAUUAUAAAAUUUUAAAUAGCAACCAACUAUUGUACAACAAUGGAUGGGGAUAUAGUUGUGUGGAUCCAUAUAGCACAACUAUGCAAAUAACAAAAUAAGUUGCUGCCAGGCUGCUCAAGUUUUCAAUUGAAUAGACGUUGUCCACCCUAUUGAAACAUCUCUUUUAACUAAUUUGGGAUGCCAAUGCUAGAUGCUAGCAGGACCUUGCCUGGCCUAUGUUAUUUUGGAUUGCCACUCGCCUGGUAAGCAUAAUCCUUUUUGAUCAAUUCAGUUUCUAUGGUGAACUUGAUGAGGAUCUGUUUUGGAGAAUAGACUUCAAACUGCUGGUCAGUAGGUCUAUAGACCUCUUAGUACUGAUGGAUUGACCGUGACAGCGUUUGGCUGCCUUUAUCAUAUGCAUAUGCAAUAAAUCUCCUGCAAAUGAGUAUAGGUAUCCAAAUUCAGUGAGAAAUGUUUACUGAUUUUCCAAUUGAAUGUUUUGAUCUUUUUUGAUGCAAGUAAGUUUACACAUGGUUCAACUUUCUAUGCAGAUAAAAAUAUGUUAUUGUUUCAUGGAGUUUAGUAAUGAUUGUACACUAAAUGGUACAUGCUACCAUGUUUUGCAGUAGUUUUGUUGAAAGAGAAGAAAAAUAAACCAUGUGACUUGAUUUUAUGCAUUCAGAGCAAUUAUCUAGUUUCAAAUGCUUACUAUUACUAUCUUACAAGUAAUUUGCUCUCAUCACGGCUGUUUGCGUAUGACACUGUUAAUAAGAACUUGUCAGCCAAGCUGGGGGAGCAACAUAAACUUCCCAUUCCUGCCUCAUUAGUUGCUGGGGCCUGUGCUGGAGUUAGCUCAACUUUGGUCGCGUAUCCACUUGAGUUGGUCAAGACUCGAUUAACCAUACAAGUAUAUAUAAAACCUAGACUUAGAAAUUUAAAUCUUGAAUACGUGUGUUGCUUUUUAAGGGCGAGUCUUCAUUUUAUUUGCAGAGGGGUGUUUGUAAUGGUAUUCUUAAAAAUACUAAGAGAAGAGGGCCCUGCAGAACUCUAUAGAGGCCUUGCGCCUAGCCUGAUUGGAGUUAUUCCAUAUGCUGCCACAAAUUUCUAUGCUUAUGACACAUUACGGAAAGCCUAACGGAAAGUGUUUAAGCAAGAAGAGAUUGGCAACAUUGAAACCCUUUUGAUUGGAUCAGCUGCUGGAGCUAUAUCUAGUAGUGCAACUUUCCCACUUGAGGUUUCACGCAAGCAUACGCAAGUGGGAGCUCUCGGUGGAAGACAGGUAUACAAGAAUGUGCUUCAUGCACUUGCAAGCAUACUUGAACAAUAAGGGAUCCAGGGUUUAUAUAAAGGGCUGGGUCCCAGCUGCAUGAAGUUGGUACCUGCAGCUGGAAUGGCUUUCAUGUGUUAUGAAGCAAGCAAGAGGAUACUGUUAGAGGAUGAAGAGCAAUAAAAAAGCAGAAGAACCAGCAUUUCUUUCCAAGCAAAGGAAACGGGGAUACUUCUAAUUGAUACCAGAGCUAAAUUCACUUUUCAAUUUUCUCUAUGUCGAGUAAUUUUGUUCAGGACUAUGUCAAUAACCCUUUUGUUUGGAAGGUUAAAAAAAUAAAUUUAAUAGUUUUUGUUUUCUC